AUGGUCGGGCUCUCAGCGCAGCCAACGCUGUACAAACCUAAAUCCAAGAUACGUCUUCGACUAGGUCUCACUCCACCUCAUCCUAAACCCGCACCAGCACCUGUCGCCCAAAUCACCACCCACACCUCUCAAACGACAGUUACCAACGUCAACACCAACAACAGCACUGUUUCACUCACCUCGCGCCCGGAUUCCCGUUCAGCUUUCACAUACGAUUCCUCUGUUCGAUCUCAACGAUCACCAGCAUUCGACGUGAUUUCUUACUCUACUCAAUCACCCGCUUCAUUGGCUUUCUCUCACCACCCAAAUCCCUCCACUCAGACUUUAGCCGAUGAAACCGUCAACACGGUUCACGCGGUGUAUCCAUCACCACCUACGACGGAUGAGAGGGACGACACUAUCCAUGCUACUGCUGGACACGGACCGAUUCGAACGAUGGAAAUGGCUUUAGAAUCACAUCCUCACGUGUCGGCAGAGAUAAAAUCUCAGGACGUGUUUCAUCUGUCGGACGAACAGUUGAGCGAGAGGUUUGUGUUUGUCGAUGAAAUUGGAUUUGGAAAUUGGGGAAGUGUGUGGAAAUGUCAACCUCGUAGAGUCAGAGACAGUGCGUUGACGAGGAAGGAUAUUGGUGUGAAACUUGGUAAAGUCAGCGCGGCGGGUUAUGGGGGUGGAGCCAGGGGAGUGGUGGCUAUUAAAUUGGUUCAUAGGAGUAAAGAUCCGACCACCGCUGCUAGAGUCAGAGCUCUUUGGGGGGAAAUGAAAAUUAUUCGGGGACUGAGACACGAGCCUCAUCCCAGUAUCAUACAAUUUGAAGCAUUUGUGAUCACUCCGAGUUAUGCGCUCGUCAUAAUGCCAUAUCUGUCUCACCUUAUUCCGGUCUGUCUCCCGCCACAAAUCGCUAUACCCUACUUCCGACAACUCGCUUCCGCCGUGGGAUACCUCCACGAGAGGGGAAUCACCCACAACGACAUCAAACCCGCCAACGUGCUUCUGGGAUACAACGAUGUACCAGUCUUGGUCGAUUUCGGAUUCGCCCAAAAGUGGCAAGUCGGCGCUAGGGGUAGUUUCCUCAGUAGCAUAUCGUGGGGAACUCCAGAGUACCUCGAUCCGCAAAGAGCAAAGGGUAUGCCACAUGAUGAGCGUGCGUCGGAUGUUUGGUCACUUGGGAUAACAAUGUUUGAAAUCCUCAUCGGUCGUACUCCUUUCGAAGCGAACGAGGAGGAAGAGUUUUUCACUCCCGAACAGUUGAUCGUCUACUAUGAACGCACCAAGCGCGGUGUGUGGGUAGGCGAUUGGUCCAUGCCAUCGGACUUGGAAGAACUCUUACGAGCAAUGAUAAAUCCCGAUCCAACCUACCGCCUUACCGCGAUGCAAGCGUAUCAUCAUCACGCUCUACAACCUUCAUCACCAUCCAUCAUCGUCACGCCUCACUUCGUACGUAUGGCUGCGACAUUUGAUGACGAGCCUUUACCAGCACCAAGCAAACAGGACAUUACGACUGUCGCCCGACACGAAAAGAGCAAGUCAGUGGCGGAUGCAAAGAAGAAGAGAAAGACUAAAGAAGCGCCACGAGCCGCCACUCCUAUUCCCUUGGGAGAGAGUAUCAAACAGCAUGCUAAUCUCACCAAGGGAAGAAGUCAGAACUUGCAGGAAGGUAAGGAGAAUAUGUAUAAUGGGGACUCACAGACGCCAUCUCCUCAGAAGAACAGACUGAAGCAGAGACGAGAGCUUGGUGAGAAUGAAAGACACGAGGAUGAUCUUACUCCCACCAAAUUGACCAAACCUGCCCAACCCUUGCAGUUACUUCGUGUCAAAGAAUUGGAUACGAAUGUACCCGAGAAGAGAUUAUCUCCUCGUACAUCCCAACCUCAGCUCACCGCCGCCAGACCCGCAUCUGCUGCAUCUGACGCACGAGCCACUCCAGAGUUGAGAGAUAGCAAAGAUACCACCGUCGCGCAACUUUCUCACCGAGUCUCCGCCAUGUCCCUCGCAUCAUCUGCCUCCGGGGCAAAGACGAAAGAAGAGGCAGUUCUCAGAACGAUGCGUUCGUUAGAAGGUAUCAAAAAGAAACCCUCUCAACGUGACUUGUUAUCAAAGAUUGGACGUCCAGCUCCUGAACCGCCGAGACCGAGAUCGAUGGAUUCGAUACCGGAGGAAGGGAAGAAGAAGAGUUUGACGGUGGUGCCGGAAAGACACAGCGUGCCAAUUGAUAUGCUCAUAAACCCUCUACCGAAGAUCGAGUUGAAGCAAGAAGGGACAGUCUCGAAUGCCUCAGUCCCUACCAGUCCUCCGAGAAAAGUCCAAAGUCCAGGCAAGGUCGUCGGACAUGCACAGAGUCCGGUUCGACACCAAGUCAACGCUCCUCGUCCUGCCGACGCAGUGGCCUUGCAGAGACAAAGUGGGAUCACCUUUCCUAAACCUGACUUUGACUCGCCUUUGGCUGAGUUGAGGGAGAGGAUUCUUACGGAUGAUCAAGAAAAAGCCAUUCGUUUCCGACAACACUCUGGAGAUCUUCUGCCUGCCAAGACGUCGACUCCGGUUGAAGUCCUCAUGGAGACAAAAGUUGAAACCUCUACCCCGGAAGCUGCUUCGAGACCCCUCUCCAGGGCUAAAAGUAUCGAAGCUCUCGCUUUGGACAACAGACUGGACAAGAUUACCGCUUUUGUCAAAAACGUCGAAUUCAUCGUGGACGAAGCUAGAAAAGCGUUGGCAGAAGGUCGAGAACUCGAUCUCCCUUUGCUAUCUCUUCCACAAGAAGUUGCAGCUCGUCUUACUCCCGAAGCUCUAGCAGCGGAGACAUCUUCCAACCCUGGACCAUCUCAUACGCAGACGACGACAGAGCAAGUCAGUGGAAAGAAUGAGAAUCACGGUAAGAAAGGAGCGGUGACAUUCGGUCAACCUCAUCAAUUCGGAGUGUCACCGGAGAAAGGAGCUAUCCCCGCUCAUUUGAGAACUUCUAGUACUCAAGUGGAGCCUGCUACUCCUCCCAAGUAUCUCACCUAUGCUGAGGCGGAGGCAAAGGUCAGAGCGGCGAAUGAAUGGAUGGAGAUGCAGGGCAGGGGUGUUAGGAAGGAACGUGCGCCUAUCUCACACGUUAUGAAAAUCUUUGAUCGACCUUCUUCACGUUCCAACACUCCCGAACCUUCCAUGAUCCCACUCAAAGCUCCCGCACUACGUGGUGCUCCCUCCACACCAGCCUUACGUUCUACCACCACCCGUGCUGUCCCCGCUAGGAAAUCCGAAUCCAAUUUGCGUAAUUUCGCCACCAUGCCAUCUUCCCUCUCCAUCCCUUUGGUCUCCGACGAUGAAGAUGAAGUUGAUCAUGGACAUAUUCAUCGUCAAAGAGGGGUAUACGAACAAUUACUCGAUCAAACUCCCGGUGUGGUGAGACAAGGUGAUGGUUGGUCUUCUUGGCGUAGUAUGGCAAAACCAUCUUCAAUGGCAAGUUUAAGAGAGAAAGCAAGGAAUUUAUUAAGAGAUGAUGAAAGAGGAAGACAUAUUACUAAUUUGGCUGAAGAAGUCAAAGAUAAGAGGAAUUCGAAAUUGGUCAGUACGUUUAGUACAAGUACCGUAGGGAUCGGAUUACGUCCUCAAACACCGGCAGCCGCUUCAACUUUGAAAGAUGGAAAGGUGAAGGGAAUUUUCAAAGCUAUCCGAGGGGUUAUGGGAGGGAACAAGGCAUGA